AUGGGGAGGAGGAUAUUGAACGACGCGUUGAGAACGAUCGUGAAUGCGGAAAAGCGAGGCAAAGCUUCUGUGGAGUUGAAGCCUGUCUCUACCGUUAUGUCCUCGUUCCUCAGAAUCAUGAAGGAGAAAGGUUACAUCAAGGACUUUCAAGUGUAUGAUCCACAUAGAGUUGGAAGAAUAACUGUUGAUCUACAAGGAAGGGUUAAUGAUUGCAAAGCUCUCACUUAUAGGCAAGACGUCAAGGCUAAAGAGAUCGGCGAGUACACUGAACGCACACUUCCCACACGCCAGUGGGGCUAUGUUGUAAUGACAACUCCUGAUGGCAUUUUAGACCAUGAAGAAGCUAUUAAAAGGAAUGUGGGUGGUCAAGUUCUUGGUUUCUUUUAUUGA